CAGAGAGCUUCUGUGACUCGAGCGAUGUCAUGCUGGAAACUGGAAACCUAGCCAGCUAUUUCCAACAAGGCAUAUGAUUAUUAGAGCCAGCUAACCAAGUUGAGUGAGGUUAUCUUAGCUAGCUAGGUUUUGGUCCUAGCCACAAUACAUCUGCACAGGCCUUUAAUAUUAUAUUUGGUGUAGAUGGUGAUUUCAUCAAACGAAUAGGGACAGGAACGACCGAUCAUCUAAACCAGUUCACCAGAGGGUUAUUACAACUUUGAAGUUGACAGCUUUGAUGCAGUGCAGAUCCCGAGGUCCAAGAUGACGGAAGAGGUGAUUGUCAUCGCCAAGUUUGACUACUUGGCCCAGCAGGACCAGGAGCUGGACAUCAAGAAGAACGAGCGCCUUUGGUUGCUGGACGACUCCAAGUCCUGGUGGAGGGUCCGGAAUGCCACCAACAAGACUGGCUUUGUGCCCUCCAACUACGUGGAGAGAAAGAACAGUGCCAGGAAAGCAUCCAUUGUCAAGAACCUCAAAGACACACUGGGCAUCGGUAAGGUGAAGAGGAAAACUGGGAUGCGAGACACGGCCUCCAACGCCGACGCUGACAUGUACUCUGACAACGGCGAGCGCCUGUACGACCUUAACCUGCCAGCCCUCGUCAAAUUCAGCUACACCGCCGAACGGGAGGAUGAGCUCUCAUUGGUCAAGGGCACCCGCGUCAUCGUCAUGGAGAAGUGUAGCGACGGCUGGUGGCGUGGGGGUUACCAGGGGCGUUCCGGCUGGUUCCCGUCUAACUACGUGACGGAAGACGCGGACGGGAGCGCAGGGGGAGGUUUGGGGGACCCUGCGGCGUCGUUAACGGAGAAGCUGGCGGCUGUGGUGCGUAGUGCCUCCAAUGGGGUGCUCCACACGGUACAGGCCCUGUACCCCUUCAGCUCGGGGAACGACGAGGAGCUGAACUUUGAGAAGGGCGAGGUGAUGGAGGUCGUGGAGAAACCUGAGAAUGACCCUGAGUGGUGGAAGUGUCGCAAAGCGGACGGACAGCUGGGGCUGGUGCCGAAGAACUACGUCACUGUGUUGCCGCAGCAGGACUCCACUACCCAGAAUGCCACGCCAGGCCCUGUGGGCCCGCCCACACCCGACUGUGACUACAUUUCCCCGGCCACGGUGGGCCGGUUUGCCGGGAAGCAGUGGUACUACGGUCGGGUGACGCGUCAUCAGGCCGAAGUUGCCCUCAACCAGAGAGGAACAGAGGGAGACUUCCUGAUCAGAGACUCUGAGUCAUCGCCCAAUGACUUUUCCAUCUCACUCAAGGCUCAGGGCAAGAACAAGCAUUUCAAGGUCCAGUUAAAGGAUGGUCUAUACUGCAUUGGCCAGAGGAAGUUCAGCUCUCUAGAGGAGUUGGUGGAACACUACAAGAAGGCCCCCAUCUUCACCAGCGAGCAUGGAGACAAACUCUAUCUGGUCAAGGCCCUCAACGCCUCCUGAUCUCACACACACACACACACACAUGAACAACACACACACACACACACGUGAACAACACACACACACACACACGUGAACAACACACACACUUGAACACACACGGACACAUGCUCUUCAGGACAACACAGUACAUGCCAACUUACAUACUUACUCAAACUGAAACCCUGGAGACUUUUCCACAUCACCAGGUCUUAUGUGCCUGGAGCCGUGAGCAUUCCAAGAAACGAGAGAGAGGAGAGUUGGGAGGAGAGGGGGAAAUGGACAAUGGACUCUCCUGUGUGCGAACUCUGACCUGUGGGUGGAUAGUUCUAACCCGCCCUGGUCAUGUGUUUAGGUCUUAGAGGUCAAAGGUCAUGCCAUGUAUUUCAAACUCCACGAAACAUCUAUUAGUUCUACAUUCUUUUUUUUUGUUAAUAAUAUAUAUAUUCUUUUUAACAGUUUCUUUUUAAAAAUGUGAUAUUUUUAACUCCACCCAAACAUACCCACCAAUGUCAACAGUGACCAGUCACAAUAAGAGGCGUUUUGGAUAAUGGCCGUUGGUUUGAGAUCCGCGGUCUAGCCCAACUACAUAUUUCAGAGGACUUAGUUGUCCUACUGUUGCUGUCGUCUGUCUUAACUCUUUUCAGUGUCGUACAACAACUGCUAUGUUGUAGACCAAUCACAGUCCUGCUAACUUACUGUUCAAACUAAAUAAAAAUGAUCAACUGA